CACUUCCGCUCGUUCUUCUUUAAUUAGCGUCUGAGUUAUUUCCACCAAUCAGAAGCGGUUGCUAGGCAGAGCUGGUUCACCUGACCAAUCACCUUUUUUUCCUGUGGACGUUGCCUAGCGUCCGCGCCGUGACCCCGAAGAGGAGAAAACAAACUUGGACAAACGCGUGAAAACACGGAAUAAAAGCAGGAUUUGAGCGUCGCUUCGUCGGCUCGGGUUGCUAACACGGAGGGAAACUUCAGCAGUGAAGAAAUGUGGACGCCAGAAAAGCUUUGGAGCAGUUUUUGGGGAGCACGCGGUGAUGAGUGGAGGGGCUGGACGCUGCGCAGACCUGCGGCUGGAAGGAGCUAAAACUGAGGAGGUGGCACCGAUGAACGGCCCGACAGUUAAUCUACACCUUCUAACGGUUUCACACGCUGACACCGAGAGAGACUCUGAGAACAGAGGACUUCCUGGAGGGGAUCGAGAAGGAGGGCGACUCCAUCGCUGUGGUGAUGUUCAGGAUUACACGGGCCAGCUGUUCAACAUGGCCGCCAUCACUGAGGAAGGUAACAUCAACACAUGCAGAUACCACGAGGGAUCUCAACUAACACACACUAAUGCAUCAACAAUUAUCCACAUUGAGGAUCGAACCCAGAUCCUCGAGACUUCCAGACAGCCUUCGACCACUUUGAACUUACGCCUGCUGAUGAACCGACCACGCCCCCGAGCCCCCUUCACCUUUUCUCUGGGCGCUUUUAUCUCUUCGCUUUGGGUUUUGGACUUCAAAAUUCACUCCGUAAGGAUCGAACCCACAACCUCAGAACCACCAAGAAGUCCUCUACCACCCGGAGAUACCGAACCAGGCAGGUACUUCUGCCUCCGGAGCGGCAGUGUUUUGGACUCGGAAAUUCGAACCGGAUGCUGCACGGCUGCUGUCUUACCGAGUCCCCUUCGCAGUGGAAUGUCUCUUCUGCUCCGGGUGCUGGCGACGAGCAGGAUUCGAACCCAGACAGGUGGACUUGGUUUCUUGGCGUUUUUCACUCUUUUCUUUCAACAGCAGCUUUCAAAAUGAACUGCGUCAAAUGGAUCGAACCCAGAGCCUUGAGACGUCCAAACAGCUUUCUAACACUCUGAGAUAUUGGACUGGAUUGUCGGGAUUUGUUUCUUAGCUCUAUUUUUCAAAUACGUACAAUUUUAGUUAAGAAAUCUGCGUUAAUAUUCUACAUGUGACACGUAACAUCGUCAAAACUUUCAUCCUGUCCAAACUCCUCUUCCUGGCGAACAUCUUCCCCCCUUCACACAAAAUGGUGAUCCAACUCAACAAACAGUGUGUGAACUUAGUCUGGGGAGCAACCAGGGAGGUAACCAAAAGGGAGCUGCUGUUUAAAAGCAGAGACUUUGGGGGUCUGGGAGCUUUAGAGCCGGGGGUCAGUUUGUUGCUGUUGUUAAAAUGUAAGUGCUGCCAUCUCCAGGAAUGCUCUCUGGGUCGGAGAUCGCUCACAGCGGCAGAAGAGACGAGGCAAAGACAGACGUGGCCCCUAUUACAAACUCACUUAGAGUGAUUUCAUUGCACAAUACCAGCACUUAAAGAUAAACUGGUGUGACUUUAGUAGCUCUCCUUGUGAGAGCUGUGGUUUCGUGGAGUUGUUAUGUCAUUUCUGUGUACAGAUCUGGAAAACCAGAUGUGCCGUGGUUUUAAAUCAGAUCGUGGCAACAUGGUCGUAAAACACGUGCUGACUGACCUCCAGAGGAGGAGGAGGACUAUUGAUAAAAGACUUACUGCAGUACUUAUACUUUUGGUACUUUAAGGAUGCUUAUACGUUUGUAGAUUUAAAAGGUUGAAUUUUAAGCUUCGAAAGUGUAAACUAUGGUUUUAAAAGCAUCUGAAACUAAGAUUUGAAUGUCUGAAAUAAUGGCUUUACUCUUAAAAACAGGGUAUCUGCAAGUCUUGAUAACUCUUAAGAAAUCUUGGAUUUAGUUUCCUCAAAAAAAGGCCUUAAAGUUUUCCCAAAAGUGUUAAAUAUGUGCCCGACACAUUAGUUAUAAAAUGUUUUUGCAUCUG